AAAAAACUCUUAUCAUCAUCAUCAACAUAAGAGUUUCAAUGACUCAAGCACUUUUGUUAUUUGCUUAUUUCAAUUUCAAUGACAAUGGUUGCCGAAUCAAUUAUUGUGAAAGAUGAUCAGAUCUUUAUUCUGAAUCAACUUUUAUUGCCCACAAAAGUUUCAUAUGAACAUAUUGAUGGUGUUAAUGAUGCUUGGAAUGCGAUACAUCAGAUGAAAAUACGUGGCGCACCGGCUAUUGCCAUCAUUGGCUUAUUGGGUGUUUCGGUUGAAUUAUCCAAAAAUGAUAUAUUGAAUCAAUUUGAUCGACAACCGGAUCGAUUAUAUGAAUUUAUUAAACAAAAAGCUGAAUACCUUUGUCAAUCGCGUCCUACAGCCGUCAACAUACGAAAAGAAUUUAAUGAACUGUUAAAUUUUAUUCAACAAAAACAAAAAAAUGAGACCAACCUUUCCUUUGAUUUAUUGAUCGAUUCGAUUCGAAAAUAUUGUCAUGGAAUUAUGGAAAAAGAUCGAAUGAUAAACAGAAAAAUCGGCGAACAUGGCUGCGAUCAUAUACGCAAGAAUUCUGAUGAAAGAUGUCGAUUCAACAUUCUUACUCAUUGUAAUACAGGCAGCCUAGCAACAGCCGGCUACGGCACAGCAUUAGGCGUGAUAAGACAAUUACAUUCUAAUGGAUUACUAGAACGAGCAUACUGUACAGAAACAAGGCCAUAUAAUCAAGGUUCUCGUUUAACUGCAUGGGAAUUAUUGACCGAUAAUAUUCCAUCAACAUUAAUUUGUGAUAAUAUGGUUGCUUGGCUAAUGGCAUCAAAAAAAAUUGACGCCAUUAUUGUUGGCGCUGAUCGUGUAGUAGCAAAUGGAGAUACUGCCAAUAAGAUUGGUACAUAUCAGAUAGCCAUAUUGGCUAAACAUUUUUCUAUACCAUUUUAUGUAGCAUCACCAAUGUCUACAAUCGAUUUAAGCAUUAAUGAUGGAUCGAAAAUUCCGAUAGAAGAAAGAUCUGACCUUGAAAUGAAAUCGAUUUGUUCGAUUCAAAUUGCACCGGCCGAAAUGACGUGUUGGAAUCCAGCAUUCGAUAUAACACCGGCUGAAUUGAUAACCGGUGGCAUUAUCACCGAACAUGGUGUGAUAAAUCCCGAUCAAUUAAUGGAAAAAAUUUUACAAUAAUGAAUCCAAUUUUAAUUAAUCUCAUUAUCCUAUUCAAGAUAAAAAUUAUAAUUUUCAAGAAAC